UGCGGGGAGGGGGCUGCGGCCGGGCCGGCCCCGCGGAGCCCCCCCUGAGGCUCGGGGAGGGGGCCCGGGGGCUGUGCAGCCGCAGGCCGGGGUUGUUUCCAUCCCCCGGGGGGGCUUUUUGCUGUUUUAUUUAAAAUUUUGCCGUUUUUUGGGGAUUUCUAGGGGGUGGGGGGGGCGCCCCCCCCCCGGGUGCCUGUGGCGGCCGCGCGGGCUGCCUCAGAGCGGGGUUUUGUUUUAUUUUAUUUUAUUUUUUAUUUUAUUUAUUCUCGCUGCGCGAGUUGCCUCAGAAUAUUUUAUUUUUAUUUUUUUUUGCUGAGCCCCAGCCGUUUUUUCCCCUCUCUCGUUGAAGAAAGUUCAGGGAGCGAGAGUUGGGGGGGGGGGGGGGAGCCCCGCCUGACCCGCGCCUCACCGCCCCGCCGCCACCGGGACCCGGCCCCUGAGGAAUAGUUAUCUGCUUAGUGUCAUCCUUCGUCUUUGGCAAUCUGAGGAAAAGGUCUGAGCCAGCAUGAAGACGGACUCUCCUCUUCAUUAGAGAAAAACUUUCUGCCUGACGCAGUUCAUUUCAAGAAGUGCACGAUGACAGAGCGUGGAAUUAAAUGGGCUUGUGAGUAUUGUACGUACGAAAAUUGGCCAUCUGCAAUCAAAUGCACCAUGUGUCGUGCUCAGAGACCUAGUGGAACAAUUAUCACGGAAGAUCCAUUUAAAAGUGGCUCGAGUGAUAUUGGUCGAGACUGGGACCCUACAAGCACCGAAGGAGGGAGUAGCCCUUUGAUAUGUCCAGAUUCUAGUGCAAGACCGAGGGUUAAAUCAUCGUACAGUAUGGAAAGUGCAAAUAAAUGGUCGUGCCACAUGUGCACGUACUUGAACUGGCCCAGAGCGAUCAGAUGUACUCAGUGCUUGUCUCAACGUAGGACCAGGAGUCCCACGGAGUCCCCUCAGUCUUCAGGGUCUGGUUCAAGACCGGUUCCUUUUUCUGUUGACCCAUGUGAGGAGUAUAAUGACAGGAAUAAACUGAACACAAGGGCUCAGCACUGGACUUGUUCUGUUUGUACAUACGAAAACUGGGCGAAGGCCAGGAAAUGCGUUGUGUGUGAUCAUCCCAGACCUAACAACAUCGAAGCAAUAGAACUGGCAGACACCGACGAAGCUUCUUCAAUCAUAAACGAGCAAGACAGAGCUCGGUGGAGGGGGAGCUGUAGUAGUGGGAAUAGCCAAAGAAGAUCUCCACCUACAACCAAACGCGAAUCCGACGUGAAAAUGGACUUCCAAAGAAUCGAACUGGCUGGAGCUGUUGGCAGCAAGGAAGAGCUUGAAGUUGACUUCAAAAAGCUAAAGCAAAUAAAAAAUAGAAUGAAAAAGACGGACUGGCUGUUUCUAAAUGCUUGCGUGGGAGUGGUAGAAGGUGAUUUAGCUGCUGUGGAAGCUUACAAGUCGUCAGGAGGAGACAUUGCCCGCCAGCUUACCGCAGAUGAAGUACGCCUGCUGAAUCGUCCCUCGGCUUUUGACGUGGGGUACACGCUCGUGCACCUGGCGAUCCGCUUCCAGAGACAGGACAUGCUCGCCAUCCUGCUCACGGAGGUGUCACAGCAUGCAGCGAAGUGCAUUCCUGCCAUGGUGUGUCCAGAGGUCACAGAACAAAUUCGUCGUGAAAUCGCUGCGUCUCUUCAUCAGCGGAAGGGAGACUUCGCUUGCUAUUUUCUGACUGACCUUGUGACGUUUACGUUACCUGCAGAUAUUGAAGACUUACCGCCCACAGUCCAAGAGAAGUUAUUUGAUGAAGUACUUGAUAGAGAUGUUCAGAAAGAGCUAGAAGAGGAAUCUCCCAUCAUUAACUGGUCGCUGGAACUGGGCACCCGCUUGGACAGCAGGUUAUAUGCACUUUGGAAUCGGACUGCAGGGGACUGCCUGCUGGAUUCAGUACUACAAGCUACUUGGGGCAUUUACGACAAAGAUUCAGUGCUGCGGAAAGCUCUUCACGACAGUUUACACGACUGCUCACAUUGGUUCUAUACACGCUGGAAAGAAUGGGAAUCGUGGUAUUCCCAAAGCUUUGGUUUACAUUUCUCGUUGCGUGAGGAACAGUGGCAGGAAGAUUGGGCAUUCAUACUCUCUCUUGCAAGCCAGCCUGGAGCAAGUUUGGAGCAGACACACAUUUUUGUACUUGCACAUAUUCUUAGAAGACCAAUUAUAGUUUAUGGAGUAAAAUAUUUUAAGAGUUUCCGAGGAGAAACAUUAGGAUAUACCCGUUUUCAAGGUGUGUAUUUGCCUUUGUUGUGGGAACAGAGUUUCUGCUGGAAGAGUCCCAUCGCUCUGGGCUACACGAGGGGCCAUUUCUCCGCUCUGGUUGCCAUGGAGAACGACGGGUAUGGCAAUCGAGGUGCUGGUGCUAACCUCAACACUGAUGACGAUGUCACCGUUACCUUUCUGCCCUUGGUGGACAGCGAGAGGAAACUAUUGCACAUUCACUUCCUUUCUGCUCAGGAGAUAGGUAACGAGGAGCAGCAGGAGAAGCUGCUGCGGGAGUGGCUGGACUGCUGCGUGACGGAAGGAGGGGUCCUCGUGGCGAUGCAGAAGAGCUCUCGGCGGCGCAACCACCCUCUCGUCACCCAGAUGGUGGAGAAGUGGCUCGAUCGCUACCGCCAGAUCCGCCCGUGCACAUCCCUUUCCGACGGCGAGGAAGACGAGGAUGACGACGACGAGUGAGGGUGGGACGGGGGCGGGAAGUCACCAGCGCGUAGCGUCUGACCUGGAGUUAGGGUUGUGCUGUAGCUGUUCGUGGUGGAACGACCUAAUUCUAGAAGCAACAUGCUGCAAAGGAUUUCUCGAACCAGCAUGGGGAGAGUCUAGAAGCUCAUCUGCUGCGUGGAGAGCACUAAAUGGGCUGGACUACAGUUUGUAUAAAAACAAAGAAAAAGAAACAAAACAGCUAAUUUUAUUAUCAAGACAGGAGAAACAAACACUUUUUCUUUCUGAUUGUAAAUCUGUCUAUAAAUGUACCGCAUGUGGUUGUGUAAGAGGUUGUGUAAUAGGAAAAGUAUACCAGCAUCUUAAUUAUUGCAAAGAAAUUUUUCAAAUAAGGGCACUUACGAAAGCACACACGUUAGAUGGAUUUCUCUUCCCUCUGAGAUCCUCUCCCAGUAGAACUUGGGAUUCUGCAUCACCUUUAGAUACUCUGACACCCUUCUGUGAAAGGCCCUUUGAUGUGAAAUCUCACUAGUGCCCAGGUCAGAUGGUCAGGUUUUUUUUGUUUGCACAAAAUACCCACAGCAAGUCAUCAGCAGAAAUACACUCGUUAUUUACUAAUGCUUCAGUUACUGCUGUGCCCACAAAAUAAAAUCUGAACACUAUGAAACAAACUGGAAGAGAAGGUAAAUUUUUCAUUGAGUGAAAUGAUUUGCUUCCUGAAAAAGUUUUUUUUUGUCUUUUUUCUUCCUUUAAUAGUUAAUAGAUUCCCUUCGAUAUACUUAAGAAUAUUUAUUCAGAGAAGUGACCUAAAAUAUAUGGAUUUUUUUUUCCAGUGAGCAUAUACUAAACCAAAUUGUGUGAAAUUUGACGACUCAGCCCUGAUUGAUAAUUUUGUAUCGUCCAAACUUUUGUCUUGCUGUGAUACAAACUAUAUCUCAUCGCAUCAUUUACUCUUUCAUCACCUUAAACAUUGCUGCAAAUGAAAAACCAUCUUUUUAAAGGGUUAUUCCUUGGUCAUCACAUCUGAUUGAGAAGAAGAAACUAUGCUAAAGUUGUUUUUAAAAGCACUGUUAUAUAUUUCUCAGUAUGUAAGCCUGGGAAUUUCUUGCAUGUUGAUUGAUGUGGCCAUACUUAUGUAAGUUCCUAAGAUUGUAAGUUCAGAGUAUAUUCUCCAGUAGAAAUUUUAUUAUAUUUGAUAACUUUAGCCAUGUAACCUGUAAUGGAUAAAGUUUAUCUAAAAAUCUCACUUAAACACUAAAGGUUAAUGCCAGUUUUUACAUAUACAGUGCAAUUCAGGUUUUCUUGAAAAGCACUUUUGAUGGUGUGGUGGUUGAAUAAGGAAUUUUUUGCAGUAGCUGAAAUUGUUUUAAUUAGAAUUUGGAACGAAGCCCCAUAGCACAUAUUUUUAUGUAGUUGAGAGCUAUGGAAACCCGGAGGAACUUGCUGCUUUUUUUUUUUCUUCCAAAUGCUGCUUAGAUUGGUGUUGAAAUGUGCACAACUCCUACAGAAACUUGGUGACGACACCAAAAGCCUAGAAAUAAUGAAGUACUGUAUUAACUUAGCAAUUUUCCCAUCACAGAUUUCAUGGAGGUUUAUUAUGAAAUGUCUUCACGUUUUUGGCCAUUUUAGCUCCUCUGGUUGGUGCAUGCGCAAACUUUCAGGUAAAAGAGUGCAUGUUUAGCUGCAAUAGCCGUCUGGUUUACCUGAACUAAAUAGGCAAGCUGCUGAUACCGAAGAGGUUUUCUGACAAGCAUACGGUCCUGUUUCGAGUUCGCUUCCUAAACUGGUAUUAUUUUGUCCUUUUUUUCUUAACUUGCAAGCGAAACCCUUUUAUUCCUCGUCGAGCUGAUGACCUAAAGCUUUGCUGUCAGAGGAGCUGAGCACUGGGUGAGCUGGGAUGGGAUUUUACGUGGCCUGAGCAGUCUGCCAGGGCUCAGGGUGAAGGACAGGUAAAGAAGCUCGCUGUAACUCGCAUCCCAGCUCCCCCAGGGCCCAGCAUUUGAGAUAAGCUCCUACCUUCAGCAGGCUGCUUCAAGGGGUGUGCGAAGCGUUACCCUCCACUUCUUGCAGUAAUGUUCCGUUUCGGGAAGCAAGGCUUCCUUGUGACAUGGGGAGAAUAACCAACUAAUGUGAAAAGUACCCUGAGCCACGCCGCACAGCACGCCUUCCCUCACCUCCUGCCGCUGGACGUGGGCCCGGCGUCCCCACCGCCACCUUUCCGUGGCACGGGGCCGUUCCCCACGCAGUUGCAGCUGCCCUAAAAGCAUGCACCGUGCUCUCUGAUGUCUGUCUGGUUCUGGUAUGAGAGGACAGUCCUGGUACUCCAGAGCUCUUGGCUUUCUUAAUCAUUAUUGUUCUGUUCUGAUGUGCUGUAACAUGGUAUGUUCAGGUUAACGAGCUUCCCAGCUCGCUUCGGAUCUGGUGAAGUUUCUUUUUUUUUUUUUUUUUUUUCAAAAUCAAAGUAAUCCAAACCUCAUGUACCUGUAGAUUAAAGAGAUGCAAACCCCGGCUUUGUGCUAGCCCGGUAGUCAGUGUACGUUAAUGGGUGCUCUCCUUCACUUGCAUGCUUGGAGGUUUACAAAUGGGAGAUUAAUUUGCAAAUGUCACCUUGCAGCCGGGCAGCAGGUGCGCACACAGCCUUGUUUCCUGGUGUUACUUUCCCCAUGCCCAGCACACAACUUGGUGUUUCGUCACUCCUUCACGCCUGCUCAUUUUCCUGGUUUUAUUUAUGAACUCCUCGGUGACAAUCCCUGUAUCUCUUCGGUUUUUAAUACAUUAAAAUUUAACAAUUCUGGGUU